AUGCUGCAGUGUAGGCCGGCCCAGGAGUUCAGCUUCGGCCCCCGCGCUCUCAAAGAUGCACUGGUGUCCACUGACACGGCCCUGCGCCAGCUCUAUGCCACAGCCCUCUCGCCCACUGAGCGGCUCUUCCUAGCCGAGGCCUAUGACCCCCAGGCUGCCCUCUUCUGUCCACUGCGCAUCCAUGCAGCCUCCGACUGGCUCCUGAGCCGCCCUGAGCCCCCCGAGGACUUCCAGACCUUCUACCAGGCCUUGCAGCACCAGAGGCCCAGCCAGGGCAGGAAGCAUAUCUACCUACAGCCCAUAGAUCUGAGUGAGGACCUGGUGGGAUGGCCCCUGCUGGACAGGAUGCGGAGCUAUGCUGAGGCCUUCUUUCUGGGCCUGAGGGUCAAGUGCCUCCCGCCUCUGACCGCUGUGUCUGUCCACUGCUCCUCGCGGCCCAGGCGGGACUUGGACCAGCUCCAGUUCUACACAGAUGACCUCCUGUCCUUCCUGAAGUGUCACAAGCCGGACGACGCGCUCUGUGUGCUGGGCCUCACGCUGUCCGACCUGUACCCCCAAGACAGCUGGAGCUUUACCUUCAGCAAGUCCCUCCCCGGGCAUGACGUGGGUGUCUGCAGCUUUGCCCGGUUCUCUGGGGAGUUCCUGCUGCCAAAGCCCGGUGGCUCUGACCCUGACCCUGUGGAGGUGACAGCGGAUGACCCUGAGGCCCCUGUACUAGAGAGGAGCUGGGCGCAGGGCUUCAGCCUCCUGGGUGUGAUCCAGUGCUGUAAGGUCAUGUGUCAUGAGCUGUGCCACCUGCUGGGCCUGGGGAGCUGCCGUUGGCUGGGCUGUGUUAUGCAGGGUGCCCUCAGCGUGGACGAGGCCGUGCGGCGGCCCCCCGACCUCUGCCCCAUCUGCCUACGAAAGCUGCAGUACCUCCUGGGCUUCCGCCUCCUCGACAGGUACAAGGAGCUUCACGUGUGGACUCAGGCCUUGGCGGGGACCGGACCCAGCUGGGAGGCAGCUGAGUGUUCAGGGUCAGAGGACACGCUGCCCCUCAGUGCAGACUCAGGACUCGGUGGCGAGAACGACUCGGAGGCCCUGACCAGCGUGUCAGACCCUCUGACCCCUGAUGUGGGGGCACCCGAGCUGGAGCCAGGGGAGGGGAUGAGCCCCCCGGUGGACCUGGGGGGCCAGCCUGAAGAGGCCGUCCAGGAGCAGAUGCUGUGGUUAGUCACCUGCAUCCAGGCCCUGGAGCGGGACGUAUCAGAGGAGGAACUGGCCCAGCUGGAUGGGACAGUGGAUGCGAUGCCCCGGUGGGAACUGUUCACAGGGCAGCACCCCACCCCCCAGCAGGCCCCACCCAGCACCCAGGACAGUGUGGGGCUGCGGAAGGCCUUGGGGAACACGUUGUCCUCCUGGAGGAGAAAGCUGGGCUCCUUGAGGCUGGCCAAGGCCGAGGUGCUCUCCAGACAUUGGCGGCAGGAGAAGGAUUAG